AAGAGUUUCCUGGUGUUGGAUGAACAGAGAUUUGCAAAAGAGAUUCUUCCUAAGUACUUCAAGCACAACAACAUGGCAAGCUUUGUCAGACAGUUAAACAUGUAUGGCUUCCGUAAAGUUGUCCAUGUUGAUUCUGGGAUUGUCAAACCGGAGCGAGAUGGUCCGGUAGAGUUUCGCCACGCGUAUUUCAGGCAGGGCCGGGAGGACUUGUUGGUACGCAUUAAAAGGAAGGUUAGUAGAACCUCAGGUUCUUCGAGACCUGAAGAAAACCAGAUACGUCAGGAAGAUCUCUCAAAAAUAAUAUGUACUGCUCAAAAGGUGCAAACUAAACAAACAGCUGUUGAAGCUCAGCUGUCUCUUUUGAAGAGAGAGAAUGAAUCCCUUUGGAAGGAAGUGUCAGAACUGAGAGCAAAACACUUGAAGCAGCAGCAAGUUAUUCGAAAGAUUGUACAAUUCAUUGUUACCUUGGUGCAGAAUAACCAACUAGUGAGCCUAAAACGCAAGAGGCCUCUACUUCUGAACACUAAUGGACCUACAAAAUCGAAUGUAUUUCAGAAAAUUGUGAAAGAACCAGCUGACAGUAGCCACCAUGUACCUCUCAAGAGAAAUGAGGGCUUAAAACAAAGGGAACAGCUUUCAGAUGACAUUGUUAUUUACGAUGUCACUGAGGAUGUGGGUGAUGAAGAAAAUCCCAUGGGUGAUGAAGAAAAUCUUCCCAUUACACCAGAAGCAAAUGAAGAUACAGCUUCAGAUUCUUCCAAUUGCAGCUAUCACUCUCCUGACAUUGUAACUGUGGAAGACGAUAAUGAAGAUGAAUAUGCCCCUGUAAUUCAGGGGUAUAAAACUGCUGUUCCAAGUAAUGAUCCAGUCAGCCCUGUUGGUGACAGCCCAAGCCCACUCAUGUCAAGUGCUGUACAGCUGAAUACCCAGUCAACUUUAACUGCAGAAGAUCCAGUCUCAGUGAUGGAUUCCAUACUCAGUGAGAAUGGAGUAAUUUCAUCGAAUAUAAAUCUUCUUGGAAAAGUUGAACUUCUGGAUUAUCUUGACAGUAUCGACUGCAGUUUAGAGGACUUUCAAGCUAUGUUAUCAGGACGACAGUUCAGCAUAGAUCCAGAUCUCCUGGUUGAUCUUUUUACAAGCUCUGUGCAGAUGAAUCCCACAGAUCAUGAUCAUAUCACUAAUAUCAAAAUGGAGACAAAGGAAAUAGAAACGAACAAGAAUAAUGCUGGUCCAGCUGCUUCAGAGGAAACACAAGAGUCUAAGCCCAGAUCAGACAAGCAGCUGGUACAUUACACUGUGUUUCCACUCCUUGCAUUCCUUGAUGGAAACCCAGGCUCUACUGUUGAGAGCGGGAGCUUCACACCUGAAACUCCUUCCUCUGUUGACAAAUGCCUGGAAGGGGAUGAGCUCCUGGAGAGCAGCCUGGAUCCCGAGCCCACCCAGAGCAAACUGGUGCGGCUGGAGCCACUGACGGAGGCCGAGGCAAGCGAAGCCACACUGUUCUACCUUUGUCAACUCGCCCCAGCACCCAUGGACACAGACAUGCCCUUUUUGGAUAACUGAUGUGAGGGGACUCUGUAUAUAGUCAUGAAGAUGAACUAUUUAUUUAGAAUACUGUUUGGUAUGAGAGUUUUUUGUAAAUCACUGUUUUAUGUAACCAGAUACGUGGAAUCUAAAGUACCUUUCCUAUGUUACUUCCUACAAGCAAUUGUUUAACUCCACAGUUAGAGAAGCUGCCAGGCACGGCUGGCAGUGCCAGCUCAGACUGCUGCACUGCUGUGAACACUUGGUAUUACACACAUGGCUGAGUACCCCAGGUAACCAAACAUGUCAGUAGUGUAAGCUUUGGGUUAUGGUUUCUUAUACUUCUGGUCUUAUAUAUGAUGGCAUAAACUAGUAGUGUAUGGUUAUGGAGCACUGACUUUCUGUAGGUUUGGGGUUUUUGUUGUGGGUUUUUUUUUUUUUUUACAACAUUUUGUUUAACAAACAUGAGGCUUUUUUUUUUGAGUGGGGAGGACCAGAACCUGAUGUAGGCUUUUUUUUUCCCUGCUUGAACUGGGAGCAAAGUGCCUGUACCUUGCUAAAUCUUGGUUCUGCCUUACUUUCACUUCAGUGGAAGUGCUCACACAUAGCACAAACUGGGGAAAAGUUCUUGACAGCCGCCAGGCCCCAUGACUGCAUGAGUACUUUUAACUUGGACCAUCUAUGCUGGUAAAAUAAAUGUUACUUAAGUGUGAUACUUGCUAAGA